CCAUUUCCUGUUUCUCUGCAGUUUUCCGCCAGCUUUGGGUGGUGGCUGCUGCUGGGUUUCGGCUGCCCGUGCGCUGAGGGCCAGGCGGCGUGGACAGCGGCCCCGGCACCCCGCGCCCCGCCGCGCCUCGAGCCCGCCGCGCGCCGCGCCCGCCGCUCCUCGCCUCAGCGCCCGGUCGCCGCCGCCGCCGCGGCCCAGCGAGCGGCCCAGAUGCAGGCCAUCAAGUGUGUGGUGGUGGGAGACGGAGCUGUAGGUAAAACUUGCCUCCUGAUCAGUUACACAACCAAUGCAUUUCCUGGAGAAUAUAUUCCUACUGUCUUUGACAACUAUUCUGCCAAUGUUAUGGUAGAUGGAAAACCAGUGAAUCUGGGCUUAUGGGAUACAGCCGGACAAGAAGAUUAUGACCGAUUACGCCCCCUCUCCUAUCCGCAAACAGUUGGAGAAACCUAUGGUAAGGAUAUAACCACCAGGGGGAAAGACAAGCCGAUUGCCGAUGUAUUCUUAAUUUGCUUUUCCCUUGUGAGUCCUGCAUCAUUUGAAAAUGUUCGUGCAAAGUGGUAUCCAGAGGUGCGACACCAUUGUCCUAACACUCCCAUCAUCCUAGUGGGAACGAAACUUGAUCUUAGGGAUGAUAAAGACACAAUUGAGAAACUGAAGGAGAAGAAGCUGACUCCCAUCACCUAUCCCCAGGGUUUAGCCAUGGCGAAGGAGAUCGGUGCUGUAAAAUACCUGGAGUGCUCGGCUCUCACACAGCGGGGCCUCAAGACAGUGUUCGAUGAAGCAAUCAGAGCAGUCCUCUGCCCACCCCCUGUCAAGAAGAGGAAGAGAAAAUGCCUGCUGCUGUAGAUGUCAGAGCCCCCCGUUCUUUACUCUGUCCCACUUGGAACCUUUGUACGCUUUGCUCAGAAAUGGUGGAGCCUUCGCACUCGAUGCCAAGUUUUUGUUACAGAUUAGUUUUUCCGUAAGACCAUUUUGAACCAAUCAGUAAUUUCAAGGUUUUGUUUAAAGUGUAAGAGUUCAAACUUUCACAUUCUAUUAAAAUUUAGCCCUAAAUGACAAGCCUUCUUAAAGCCUUAUUUUUCAAAAGCCCCUAUUCUUGCUCAGAUUAAGAGUUGCCAAAAUACCCUUUGAACUAAGUUGCAUUGUUGUUUUACAAACACUAAGCACUAAACUGUUUUAAAGACCUUUGUCUUCAAGAAGACCUUUCUGCUGUUAGGAAAUGCAGAGUUUCUAACUAGUUUUCAGGUCUGUGAAGCCUGGGAGCGUAGCCUCCCCAAUGAAACAUUGCCAUUUAAUGCAUUUGAUAAUUUAUCUAUCCAUGUUCAUUACGUAACAUUGUACUGUUUAUCUUAAUGGAAUGAGUAUAAUGACUCAACUCUCUGGAUCAAUCUUUUUGAUUUCAUAGUGAAUUUUUUUUUUAAGUUAGUUUAUUAGCUUUUGCUGAGAUUUUGAACUGAGAUUGAUUCCCAUGUUUCCUCUAAUGAAGUGUUCUGCUCUUAGUGGAGGGUAUACUGGGCUGGAGUGUGCAGCACUUGAUGUGAUCAAAGGAUGAAGACAGUAUUUUCACAAAAUAUGGAGAUUAAUUUACACUACAUUGUACACAGAAUAAAUAAACUGAAUACAAGUGUCAACGGGUACAAUUUUUAAAAGGUUAAUUUCUGUCAAAUGCAGUAGAUGAAGAAAGGUCGGUAUUGUCAGUAAGUGUUUUUCUUAAGCUUUUCCUUUCUCCUGCACCUGCCAUCCUUCCCAAAACUGGGCAUUUAAUUCCUCGUUGAACCGGUCAUUCCCACAGUUGCUAACUUGAACUUAGUAAGUGCUUUUCUUAUAGAACUCUUUCUUGAUGAGCAAUAUGUCUCCUUGUACUAUAAAAUUUGAUAAUGCAUUAGAAUUUUGUUGUUUUGUAGAUUAGUAAAAGUGCAUUUCCCCGAUUUCACGUUACUUUAUUCAAAGCUAAUACAUGCUUUCCUUCGUAACUAGGUGUAAAAAUCAUGUGUUGCAGCUUUACAGUUUUUAAAAUAUUUUAGAUAGUCCUAAACUCUGACCCCUUUUAGCAUCACUGUCUUGCCAUUUGACCAACACUGUAAGUUGACUCAUACUGACCGUCCCCUUGACCUCCCCUUCACGGACACGCACUUCCUGUCGCUUUCCCUAAGAACAUUCCUUGGGGUCUGUGAGGGUCUGUAACUUGGCGCUAGUGCUGACAGUGUUCUAUACAUCCUACAAACUGGCAAGAACACAAUGUUGGACCUUUGAACCACUAGAACAAAAUUUUCUAAAUUGACAGUUGCAGAAUUGUGGAGUGUUUUUACAUUGAUCUUUUGCUAAUGCAGUUAGCAGUAUGUUUUGCAUGUAUGACUUAAUAAACCCUUGAAUCAUA